UACGUCAGCAGGGGGCGCGGCCGCUCAGCUGUGAGGUCUGUCGGCACCGCACGGCACAGGGUGGUGGACACGACAAGAGGGACGAGCGUCGUUUAUGUCAAGCAAAUGUCAACUUUCCAGAGAGAAAAUGAAGCAGCUAAGUCUCUGUUCAGGAGGCUUGAGUCUGCAGUUACUCCCAUCGUGUCCGGGGAGUACAGUCACCAUCGGGACAGAGCGGCGAUGGCAUCCCGGAUUUCUUUCACUCAGGCCCGGCUGGAAGCGGAGCUGGAGCGCUACCGGGCCGAGUGCCAGUGGGACAAGAUGCCGGCGAUAGUUGAGCAGAUGCAGGCUGCGCGGAUCCACGAAGACGAUGAUUACGGGACGCUGCUGAUGGCCGAGGCGCUGCUGGAGGAGUGCGUGCUGGAAAACAUGGAUCUGCUACGCAGGUCCAAACCUUUGGUGGACAAAACCCAGCCCAAACUGUGCAAGGCCAAAAGACUCCUCAAUACCAUCCUUAGCCGAGGCCGUCUAACACCCCGGUACUUGAACGAGGCUCUGCUGCUGAUGGCCAAAGUGCACUACGUGCAGGGACGCUACCGGGACGCCCAGGGAAUGUGUGCCAGGGUGGGGCUGGAGGAGCUGACGCAGGAUGACCAGCCGACCUACCACCUCCGCCUGCUGGCUGAGGCGUUCGUGAUUAAAGGUCUGUCUCUGGAUCACCAGACGCUGUCUGCCGUGUCCCGUGUUCGUCUUUCUGAGAGAGAGGAGGAGUCCCUGUCCUGUUACCUCAGGGCCUGUGACGCAGCUCUGUCCUACCUGCAGGAGCUCGAUAAGGUUGUAACAACACCCCACAUCAAGUCAGCCAAAACCAUUUUACUUCACUCACCCAGUGAUAUUGAACUGGGCUACUUCCUGCAGGCUGCAUUACAGAGUGCUUACCUUUGUCUGCUGCAUAGGGGUCAUCUUGCACAGGGUGCUCACCAGCUGCGUAGAGUGCUGAGGGUGGUGGAGUCACGAGGGUCUCAGAACUUCAGAAAGUCUACAGCGAGAAAACUAGCAAAAGUGUUGCUGAGCUCUGUGAGCGAGGACAGCUACUGGCCCCCGCUGGGCCCCCCACCCUCAGCCUGGCUUCACAGAGAAGGAGCCGCCGCCUCCAAAGACGCCAUCUACCCCACUGUUAAACCACCACAUCGCUACAGCACAGAAUGUUGCUUCUGUCCUCAGGACGUGGUGGAGGAGGCCAUUUUGCUGCUACUCAUCACAGAAUCCAUGGCCAGCGGUGACGCUGUGAUCAGUCGUCUGCCGGAUCAGGCUGAGGCUCGCCAGACCAGCCUGCAGGACGCCACCUCAGUCUAUGACCUGCUCACCAUCGGCAUGGUCAGGAGGGGGCAGUACGCCAUGCUCUCUGAGUGUCUGGAACGAGCCAUGAAGUUUUCAUUCAACGAGUUUCACCUGUGGCACCAGCUGGGCCUGUCACUCAUGGCCGCCCGGAAAGGGGUUGGUGCUGUAUCUGUAUUUAAAGAGUGUGCCAGGAUGAGACCAGAAGACCCUUCGUUGCCCUUGUUGGCUGCUAAAGUCUGCAUUGAUCAGCUGCAUUGGAUCAAGGAGGCAGAGGCUCUGUCCCAGAGUGUGGUGUCUAUGGGGGAGGAAGCAGGAGAAUUUCUGCCUAAAGCCUACCUGGCUCUGGGACUCUGCUGCAGUCUGCAGGCCUCUGAUGCUUCUCUGACCACAGACCGAAACAACUUCAACAAAAAGGCACUAAAUGCUUUGAAAAAAGCUCAUUCACUGGACCCUCAGGAUGCGCAGAUUGCCAUGUACCUGGCUCUGCAGCUGGCCAUCGUACGCCAGGUAUCAGCAGCUAUGGAGCCCCUUCAGGCAGCUUUAUCUCUCUGUGGGGAUGACUUACACUCCCUCCACCUGCUCACCCUGCUGCUCAGUGCCCAGAAACACCACCGUCAUGCUCUGGACACCCUUACUUUGGCCCUCGGCCAGCACCCUGACAACUUCAAUUUGCUGUUCACAAAGGUAAAGCUUGAAGAGGUGUUGCUCGGCCCGGCUGCAGCCCUGCAUACCUGUGAGGACAUGUUGCAACACUGGCAGAGCCGCUAUGAUGUCAGCCGCUCCAGCGAGACAGAUGACAGCAGCAGUAUACCGAUGCCUGAGAGGACAGAGGUCAGCCCUAGCGGCAGGAAACCCUCCAUCCACCUCACCCUGCCUGACUUCCAGGACACCUCCACUGGUUCACAAAGUCCUUCGUCAGUUGCACUAUCCCGUCUUGAAGCGGCUCUGUCCGAGGUGUCAGACCUCAGCUCUACCCGUCGCCAUGGGCCCACCUAUAUUUGGACCAUCCUGGAACGCAUUUGGCUGCAGGCUGGAGAGCUGUUCAUGGCAGACAGUCGGCUUAAGGAGGCUCAGUUCUGUAUAGCCGAGGCCAGUUCGCUCUUCCCCAACUCUCACUCUGUGCUGCUGCAGCGGGGCCGCCUGGCCGAGCUCCGGGGCCACCUGGACGAAGCCAAAGGCCUGUAUGACGAGGCCCUGGCCAUGCAUCCUACAGGAGAACGGAUACUGGUGCACACGGGCCGUCUGCUGGUGAAAACUGGGCGUGUCCACCUAGGCGAGAAGGUUCUGCGUGAUGCGGUUCAGAUCCACAGCACCUCCCACGAAGCGUGGAGUGGACUGGGUGAAGCUCUUCAGUCUCGGGAUUGCAACCAGGCCCCCGACUGCUUCUUGACAGCCCUGGAGUUGGAGGCCUCCAGUCCCGUCCGUCCCUUCACUGUCAUCCCCAGAGAGCUCUGAGAUGACGGCCUUGCAGUGGCAUGGAGGUUUGGGUUGGGGUGAAGAUUUUGGCUAAAAUCUAAUGAUGAGCUGAC